AACGGAUGUCUGUUUAUGCUUCGUGAUGUCUAUAUGUUUUGAUAUUUGAAAAUUGUUUGACAUUUCCAUCUUUAUGUAUUUGAACUUUAUACAAAUGGAUUAUUCAACUUUGUUUUUCCUGAUCUGAAAUAAGAAAAUUGUGCUUAAGGCAGUAGUGAGAGAGAAAUCAAGAAAUAAGUCUAAAAAUGGUGAAAAGCAAGCGAGAAUUGACCACUCCGCGAAGGAGAAAUUCUUUGUCGAAACAACGUAUUUUGGAUCGAACUAUUUCCAAAGUCGUUUCUCGCCCUAAUUCUGGUACGAGUACUUCACGAUCACCUGCCGUAGCAAACAUCAAAGUUGUGGUGAGGGUUCGUCCACCAAAUGGAUCUGAACGAGAAGAAAAUUGUAGAAUUGUUGUCAAAGUUGUGGAUGAUCAGAUGCUCAUUUUUGACCCUAAAGAAGAUACCCAAGGUUUUUUCUUCCAUGGCGUUCAACAGAAAGGACGAGAUCUCCUUAAAAAAUCUCACAAGGACAUGAAAUUCAUUUUUGACAAAGUAUUUCCUGAGAAUGUGACUACUGAAGAAGUUUUCAAGGACAGUACUUAUACGUUGAUAGAUUCGCUGAUGGAUGGCUUCAAUUGCUCAGUUUUUGCCUAUGGAGCCACUGGUGCUGGUAAAACAUUCACGAUGACUGGGAAAGCUGACUGCCCUGGCAUUACAUAUCUCACAAUGACUGAACUAUUCAGAAAACAAAGUGAACUCAGUGUUGAACGAGAUUUUGAACUGGGCAUAACUUAUUUGGAAGUUUACAAUGAACUUGUAAAGGAUUUGUUGAACCCUGGGGUACCUUUGAAUUUGAGAGAAGAUGCUAAGUACGGGGUUACAGUUGCUGGAAUAAAGUUGUAUCAGAUAAAAAGUCCAGAUGAAUUGUUCAAUCUCCUAGAGCAAGGAAAUAAAAACAGAACCCAACAUCCUACUGACGCAAAUGCAGAAAGUUCCAGAUCACAUGCGGUUUUCCAGGUUUACAUCAAGAUGACAAUCAAAGGCACUAAAGAGCUCCGUACCGCCAAGCUCAGCAUGAUUGACCUGGCAGGCAGCGAAAGGGGAUCUGCCACUGGUUUCGCGGGAGCUCGUUUCACUGAGGGGGCCAACAUCAAUAAAUCUCUCCUUGCUCUUGGGAACUGCAUAAACAGCCUUGCUGACGGUCAUCGUCAUGUACCCUAUAGGGAUUCUAAGCUUACCAGACUCCUCAAAGACAGCCUUGGCGGCAACUGCCAAACCGUAAUGAUAGCCAACGUAUCUCCCUCUUCGUUGACCUUCGAAGACACCUACAACACCCUGAAAUACGCCACGAGGGCCAAAAAAAUAAAAUCCAACAUGAAGAGGAACAUAGUGAACGUAGAAGCUCACGUGGGGCAGUACAUCAAGAUGAUUGAAGACUUGAAACAGGAAAAUAGUGCUUUGAAAAAAGAAUUGGAGGAUAGUAAAAAAAGAGAGUGCGAUAACAGUGACGUGAAAGAGAUGGAGGGACUGAGAGAGGAGAUAAACGAAUUGAAGAUUCAAUUGAAAGAAGAAAUGAGCAAGAAGAGUGAAAGUAACCUACAGAAGGAGUGCGAAAGACUGAGGAUCCAGUGCGACUUAUUGAGCAGACAGUUGAACAGCAAUACCGACCAACCUGAAGGAGGUGAAUCGGAAGGCAACAACAAUUUAAUGAAACGCUUGGAAUCAAUUCGCCAUAAUGGUCGCUCGGUGAAAAAGGAAAGAACUUUCGUGAAGGAUCUUUUGGACAAUAUCGGAGAUGACGGAGGGGGUGCAGAUGAGUUGAUUUUGAAUGAAAUCAAAGCAUUGAUAGAAGAGAAGCGAGAGUAUUUGGAGCGGCAGUUUCAGUUGGAAAAAACCGAGUCUGGUACAUAUUUGCAAAGAUGCCUCAAAGAGGAAACUGAUGCAAGACUGAGUGAUAUUUGUGUGAAUACCCCAGAAAAACAAGACGCUCGUAAGAAAAUCAAUAUGGCCAUUGAUAGACUCAAGAAAAAAGAGACCGCUUUGAAAGGUGACCUAGACCAAGUAGAAGAUUGUAUAAGUAACUUAGAACAAAAAAUUGAGAAAAUGAAAAAUAAAUAUCCUGAAAUUGAAAGGUUUUUGAAGGAGGAGGUGCUCAAAUUGUCCGCUUUACGUUUGAAACACAAACUUCAAAUCCAAGAAAAGUCAAACGAACUCCUCCACAAAGACCAAGAAGAGAAAACGAUGCUUCUGGAAAAGAUGGGAUCGACUCUGAAAUCGUGGUACAUGCUGCUUCAGGGUCACGGUUUUGCGUCUUCGGACAUCGUCCAGCACUACCACGAAAUAGUGAUGAGCUUUCAAGGCAGAAAAAACAUAAAAUGGAAAGAGGCUGUCGAUUCAGGCACGAGCUCCAUGGCGAGUAUUCCCGAAGCGGAUAAAGAAGUGAGGGCUGUCGGUAACAAGCGAAAGAUCGAAGAGAAUCCGCCAGAAAAUCUCGACGAUACUUUCACGUUACCCGUCGUGUUUUCUCCGAGACCGAGGAAAACCGAACAAGUCAUGUCAAAAGUUCUGAAGCCUCCCCCUACUAAGAGGUUAGCAAAUUAUCCAACUCGGUCGCCUAGGAAUAAAGAGAAUAAAACAUAUAGGAGGCCAUUCGACACUACCAAAAGUGUGGCAGCUGCAAAAGCCAUAGUCGCAGCUAAAACAAAUUCAGGAUUGAGAGGAACAGCAAAAACGCCCACCAAGCCAUUGUCUUUAGCAGAUCGUCCCAGAUUUAGAAGUUGAAAUCUUUUUCAUAAUGUGUUUACUGGAUAUAUUUUUGCAAUAAUUAAAAUAUUUAUUUUACUUUUAUAUAAGA